AGGGCGAGGUUUUCUGCACAAUUCCAUAAACUAGGCAACUAGCAGGGAUUGCCAAGAUGUCUUACACCGUGUUGACUCUCUGCUUAUUUUCGCUGCUCGCUUUUUCUUCUGCUUGCUACAUUCAGAAUUGCCCCAUUGGAGGGAAGCGGUCAAUUCUGGACAUGGAAGUCAGAAAGUGCAUUUCCUGCGGACCUAGGAACAGAGGCCACUGCUUCGGGCCCAACAUCUGUUGCGGGGAAGAGAUUGGUUGUUUCUUCGGCACAGCAGAAACCUUGCGAUGCCAAGAGGAAAAUUUUCUCCCUACCCCUUGUGAGUCUGGAAGGAAACCAUGCGGGAACAACGGAGGAACAUGUGCUGCCUCCGGCAUCUGCUGCAAUCACGAGGGUUGCAUGGUUGAUUCCGUAUGUGAUCAAGAAUGAGAAGACUCAAGGAAGAACACUGGGAAAAAAAAACAAUUUUAGAUUAUGAACUGGUAGAUCAUACCGAACUGAUGUGUUUGCUAAAAGCCUGCAAUUCAUACAUUUGUGCAAAAUAAAAGUUGAACAGCCAUUAAAA